UAAAAGUUGAGAUUAUUCCAUUUUUCAUUUAUCAAUAUAACAUAUUCCCGUUGUGUUGUAAGCCAAGUUCCAAGUAGAAAAGUAUUUCAUCCAAGGCACCAAUCAGCAGCAAGAAUUCUCACGAAAGAUGGCGCUUGCCAAAGGAGUAUGCCUUAACCACAUAGCCAGAGAAUCCGCUGACAUCAAACGCCUCGCCACUUUCUACCAUCAGGUACUUGGAUUUGAGCAGAUAGAGAGUCCUAAAUACGGUGAAUUUGAGGUGAUAUGGAUGAAGCUACCCCCUUCUUUCUCUCUCCAUCUCAUUCAGAGGAAUCCUUCUACGAAACUUCCAGAAGGUCCGUACAGUGCUGAUUCUGCUGUUAAGGAUCCUAAGAACCUUCCUAGAGGUCAUCAUGUUUCCUUCUCUGUUUCCAAUUUCGAUGAAUUUGUUCAUUCUCUCAAGGAAAAGGGAAUUGAGACAUUUGAAAAAACUCAACCUGAUGGAAAGACAAAGCAAGUGUUUUUCUUUGAUCCAGAUGGUAAUGGCUUAGAAGUGGGGAACUUCGGAACUCUGUCUCAGUAAAAAAUACUAUCCGAAAAUUCAGUUGCUGAAUAAGAUGUGUAUCAUGGUUAUGACUAGAAGCAAGCCUGUAUAAGUAGGUCUUGAAUUUCAAGGUAUCACAAUUCACAUGUUAAUAAUCUCAAAGUACAAGUGUAAGCAAUCGUCUUUAAUAAAUUUGAACUUUCGUAAUUAGGAACAAUACCAAGUUUGGAGGUACUUAUAAA